GGCCUGUCCGCUGCUACGGGUUGUGAGGAAUUAACGUGUGAGAAGACGUGGCUAUUGAGAGUGGGUGUUUGAGAAGAAUACAGAGAGUGUACGCGCUAGCCUUGGACUGUCUCACUGGUUCGGCCGCAUUAUUACUGCCCUGUGAUGGACUGUGUCUCCGAGUGCGACUGUGAUCGCUCGGCAAGUUGUAAGAGAGCGACAGAUCGGCUGACUGAUGCCCAGUCCCUCGCACACACGAGCCGCCGCUAGCUGCCCCCUUGCCCAUGCCACUAGACCCAGGCUGCCUUAAUGGCAGGGUCAUGAAGUGCUUGACUUUCUUUCUUCUGCUUCCAGAGACCUUAAAGAAGUCUAGAAAGAGUGCGAGGGCACAGGGCAAGGUGCAGGCAUGCUAUGAGAUAGUGCCCUUGGCCCUCAAGAAGAAGAUGGCUGCAGAGCUUUACCCUGCCAGCGCAAACACCAAUAUCGCCAACAGUAACGCCACUGCCAACGCCAAGAAGAACGCCCUCCAACUCCAGCACACUGCCCCGCCGCCGCCGCAACUGCACAACCUCAACAACAACAACAUUGAGAGCAGCAACUGGCAGUCCUUCCACCCGACCCUGCGCGAGAGGAAUGCUCUGAUGUUCAACAACGAGCUUAUGGCGGACGUUCAUUUCAUUGUGGGCCCAGCAGGGGCUUCAAAGAAAGUUCCUGCUCACAAGUAUAUUUUGGCUGUGGGUAGCUCUGUGUUCUACGCAAUGUUUUAUGGAGACCUUGCUGAAGUGAAAUCCGAAAUCCAUAUUCCAGAUGUGGAGCCUGCAGCUUUUCUAAUCCUUUUAAAGUACUUGUACAGUGAUGAAAUUGACCUGGAAGCAGACACUGUGCUUGCAACACUGUAUGCUGCCAAAAAGUACAUUGUGCCGGCCUUGGCUAAAGCCUGUGUUAAUUUCCUGGAGACUAGUUUGGAGGCAAAGAACGCUUGUGUUCUGCUCUCUCAGAGCCGUCUUUUUGAAGAGCCAGAUCUUACUUUGCGUUGCUGGGAGGUCAUAGACGCUCAAGCGGAACUGGCACUAAAGUCAGAGGGUUUCUGUGAAAUAGACCUGCCAACCCUGGAGAUUAUUGUUACACGUGAGACACUAAACACUAAAGAAGAUGUUGUGUUUGAGGCAGUUUUGAACUGGGCUGAGGCAGAGUGCAAAAGACAAGGUUUGCCAAUCACUCCAGUCAACAAGAGGAAUGUAUUGGGAAAGGCCUUAUACUUGGUACGGAUUCCCACUAUGACUUUGGAGGAAUUUGCCAAUGGAGCUGCCCAGUCAGAUAUUUUAACCCUAGAGGAAACCAGAAGUAUAUUCCUCUGGUACACGGCUGCUAAUAAACCUCAGCUGGAGUUCCCUCUAAUAAAAAGGAAAGGACUUGCACCUCAGCGUUGCCACAGGUUUCAGUCCUCGGCAUAUCGCAGUAAUCAGUGGAGGUACCGGGGACGCUGUGACAGCAUCCAAUUUGCAGUCGACAAAAGGAUAUUCAUAGCAGGACUGGGGCUUUAUGGUUCGAGCUGUGGCAAAGCAGAGUACAGCGUCAAGAUAGAACUGAAGAGACAGGGCGUAGUUCUGGCCCAAAACCUGACUAAGUUUGUUUCUGAUGGCUGUAGUAAUACAUUCUCUGUGUGGUUUGAACACCCCGUACAGGUAGAGCAAGAUACUUUUUACACUGUAAGCGCCAUUCUUGAUGGUAAUGAACUCAGUUAUUUCGGACAGGAGGGAAUGACAGAAGUACAGUGUGGAAAGGUUACAUUUCAAUUCCAGUGCUCUUCAGACAGCACCAAUGGGACUGGGGUACAAGGUGGACAAAUUCCAGAACUCAUCUUUUAUGCAUGAUGCAUUUCACUUCUAGAAGACUACUGCAAAGCACACAGACUCUCCCACCCACCCUUCCCUCUUGAAAGGGGCCUGCAGCACAGUAGUUUAACCAGCUUUCUGCUGGUUGUACCUGCAAUGCACUGAAAAGGUUGAAGGGAGAGUCUUAAUUUAUGCUGUUUGUCAGUAUGGAAUGUAGCAAAAUGGUCAAAAAAACACCCAACUGAAGAAAUGCUUGUAGGAUUGAAUCUAAUUUUAUUUAUUUAUAAGCUAUUUGAAUUUAAUUAUUAAAACUGCAUCAUGCAGGGAGAGGUUUAAAAAAAAAAUCUGCGCAUAAUGUGCAUUUAUUUUGUAUAUAGAUAAUUUACUUAAAAUGCAGCUUGCUCAGGGUAGAGCAGCUUAUAAAUAUGCGAGACAUAAAAUGUUUUUACUUAUACCCUA